AUGGAAGGCUUGGACUCCAAGCAGUCGCGCCUGAGCCUAGCGAGGGCAGCCUAUGGCAAGGAGGAGCUGGUGCUCAUGGAAGUGCCCUUUGGCGAAGACAUGGAGCACAUGCUGCAGGUGCUGCGAGGUCCGCUCUUCCUCGGGCGCAGCGUCGUUCUGAGCUGCGAGCGCUUCGACCCGGCUUUUGCGUGCGCCGGCCCGGCGCUCGAAUUCCGCCUCCGCAUGCUUCACCUGACGAACGGCGUGCUUCAGGCCUUCGAGUUCCGCUUGGGACCGGAGACGUCGUUAGCCAAGCCAUCGCCGGUGGGCGAGCCGGUCGAGCGAAGCAGCUGCGCAGCAGCUUGCUGGCUGGUUGCCUUGGUGCUGACACUCUUGGCUGAUCAGGUUUCUCGGAAGCUUGGCGAUGAAUUCAUUGAGAACCCGACGGCCAUGGACUGGUGGCUCCUUUCCAGCUUGGACUCCGGGCACCUUCACGAGCCGCAACUGGCCGGCGCCUUCUUGGCGGGCUUAGCGCUGAAGCCGCUCUGCGCCUGCUGCGGCGCCUUUUACCUCACCGCCCAAAACGCGCCGCCGGCCGACGGAGGGCGCCGGCAGGGGCUGCUGGCGGGCCUUGGCAGUUUCAGCGGGCUCUUGUUCCUCUCGCACCUCCGCCUGGGCCUCGUCUUGGCCCCGCUGCACGUCGCGCUCCUCGCGCUCCUCGGCCUCGGCCUCGGCGGCGGAAGCCGCCGGCCGCUUCGGCCGAAGCCGGCAGCGGCGGACGCGGCGGCGCCGAGCUUCGGGCUGGCGGCGGGCGCCAAAGUGAUGGAGGAGGGCCUCUUCUCUCAGGUCACCGGCCAUCUCAGAAUCUUCGUGAUCGGGGUGUACGCUCCGACGUCUAGCAGCACGGUACAGGAGCGGCACCAGCUUCGGGACCAGGUAUCCAACGUGAUCAACAUGGCGCAGGCCACCAGUAUAUCCCUCUUGCUGGGAGAUAUCAACGCAGAGUUGGGUAACAACCAGAACGCAAACACUCUGGGACACACGGUGGUCGGUCGUUUCGCACGUCCCAAGAUCACCACGGCCGGACAGGAGUGGCGGCAAUGGGCCGAGGCGGAGGGCUUCCGCGACUGUGCCAGCAGAUAUCAGCUGCGACACCGGACCACCUGGCAACACCCGAGAUACCGGUCAGAACACGAAUUGGACCACAUCUUCAUCCGGGAAGAAUGCUUGUGGCACCUACAGCACUGCCGAGUGCUACAGGAAGGACCCAACGUAGCGUGGCCCUGGGGAGACUACACGGAUCACAACCCAGUAGAGGUCCGACUCCGACACGGGCGCAAGUGGGCCAAGCAACCUGCUAGAGCGACAGGUCCCCCCUGCCCAGAUGUGGGUAAACUCCGUGGGGUCUCAGAAGAAAGUGUAGAGCAGCGCAAGCAAUGGGUACAGCUAGUCGAAGAACGAUUGGCGCAACUACAGGCCAGGGAGGACGCAGACCUCACAUCCCGAUGGGAAGCAAUCUGUGCGGCUUGCCGAGACGCGGCAGUCCAGGUAUGCGGGGUCCUUCAGCGCCACAAGGGACAACCGUGGCUCCGCGGGCGAGAUGGGGAGGUGCAACAGUUAGAUCAGCGCAUCCAGCAGGCCAGAGCAGCGGAUCGACGGAUACAAGGAAACCCAGACGCCCUGCCGGUGGCAGAAUUCCACCGCGCCCGGCGCGCAGCGCGACAAGGCCUACGAGCCACAAGACGGACCAAAAAGGUGACACUGGGAGAGUGGGAAACCGCUUGGCUGGAUCGCAAAGCGGCGGAAGCAGAUGAGGCGGCUGACCAGGGGCGGACAGGAAUCGUGUUCCGGGUGAUCAAAGAGCUUGUUCAGGACCAUCGGACCAGCGGCUUCGGAAAUCGACGAGCUGCAGACCCACAGGGGGAGGCUGAGGAAUGGAAACAGCAUUUCGCGCGUAUCCAAGCGGGACGAGGCGAGGUGGCUGACUCCGUAUGGAUCGAUGUGGAGUCCCGGGAAGGAAUCGACACGUGGUUGGAUGGAGUACCCACUCUAGAGGAAAUCCGACGGUCCAUUGGAGACAUGCAGUGUGGUAAAGCGCCGGGCACGGAUUCGUUCAUGGCAGAGUACCUGAAGUAUGGCGGACCCGCGUUGGAAGCGGAAAUAGUGGUUUUGGUCCGCACGGCGUGGCGACGGGCCGCGGAGGCGCCAGCGGGCCGGGAAGCCGAGCCAUGGCCAAAAAGAUGGCGGGAAGGAGUAAUCUGCCCCCUAUGGAAACGCAAAGGAGAUCGACAGGACAAAAACACGUGGCGCGGUAUCACGCUGUUGUCGGUGGGAUCGAAGUUGAUAGCACGGAUCUGCUCUGCACGAUUGCAACGAUGGGCGCAGCCAUGGUUGAAUGCUCUACAGUUCGGCUUCAGACCAGGGACCGGCGUGGAUGAUGUGCAGCAGAUUACUCGGGCGGUCUUGGAGGAAGCGGCGGGGGCGGUGCAUGAUCGCACCAUCCUGCUACGAUUCUUCGAUCUGGAGAAGGCGUAUCCUAAGGUGGCUAGGCAUGCGCUCUGGAAACUGUUGGAAAUGAAAGGAUGCCCGCCGGGAUUUCUUGGAGUGCUGAAAGCUCUACAUGACCAUACGGCUAGCCAUGUGCGCUUCGAUGGAGGGACCUCCGCGGAGUUUGUCCCGGACAGAGGGCUCCGAGAAGGUUGCCCCAGUUCCCCGGUCCUAUUCAAUCUGUACCACCACGGUAUUAUGGAGGUAUUCCGAGCACGACGGGCGCGGGCGGCGCAGGCGCGGCAAAUGACGCCAGGCGUCACUUGGAACUACAAGGUCGAUGGGAAGAUCGGAAAGAGACGCAUGGACCGCCUAGAGGAGGGCCGCAACACUCGCCAAAUGCUGAUCGGGGAUUUUGCAUACGCAGAUGAUACGGGAAUCCUUGGUGACGCCGAUGAGGUGGUAACGGCGGAAGAGCUGUUCGCGUCCACACUGGCUGACUUCGCCGGGAAGGUCAAUGCAGGGAAAACUGAGGGACUAAGGGUGACAUCGGAAGCACCGGCCGAAUAUGACAUCCCACACUGCGGAGAAGCGACGGCGGUCAGACAUGUCGGAGCGAUGUUGGGACAUAGAGGUAAUCACGUGGAUGAGACGGCAGCUCGAGUGAUGAAAAGCAUGCAGCAAGUGGGGCGCAUUUCCAAGGCGUGGACUCACGGUAAGGGAGCGCACCGCAACAGAUAUAGGGUGAAGUUCUCGGUUCGAAUCAAGGUCAUGAAGGCGGUGCUGAAAGGGAUGCUGGGUAGUUUCGCGCGGACAAGGGCGUGGCAGGUGAGCCAAAUUACCAGGGUGCAGAAGAUUGUGAAUCUCGCCAUUCGACGGUGUCUAGGGAUCCGGCUGGGCAUGCUACGGGGAUACGGUCUGAGCAACGACAUCCUGUCGAACAUGGCGCAGUGGGAACAGUUUGAAAGUCUGGUUCGCAGGUCCACCCUCAUGUGGAUUGGACAUGUGGCGCGCAUGGAGCACAUGCAGCCACAAAAGGCUAUCAUGUUCGGGUGGCUCGACGGAGCCAGCGCCAAACAACAUGCGCCGCCGCGUCAGGCGCAAUGGGUGAACUCGUGCUUGAAAGCAGCCAAGAUAUCCGAGAUGGAUUGGUUCAGGUUAGCGCAGGACCGAUCGACAUGGCGCAAGAUUGUGACGACAGCCUUCCCCGUGGAAAAGGUCAAUCCCGAGCGGGAAGGACAAUUGGAUAGCUGGCGCCCGGGAAGGCCUGUGCCACCGUUCGCGCUCCCCCAAGGGCGCCCAGAACGGCCCGACAACGAGGAUGAAGGCAGCGAGGCAGAUGUUGCAGAAAGAGUGCGGGGCAGGGCGCGCGGACAGGGACAGGUGAUGUACGGAGUAGGGGGAAGACGGGCAGCAGCGCGCGCCACGAGACAACAAAGAGCGCACAGAGAUGAACAGGGGAAUUGGGCGUGCCCGGUCUGCGCGGAGACCUUCAACAAGGCGAACCAGGUGGAAUUUCAUUACCAGGAACACCACGCAGUAACGGAUCCCCGACUGGUCACCACUGAAGUGUUCACGUGUCAACACUGUCAGACCACCUACCGAAGGAGAAAGCAGCUGACGGAUCACUUGUGCCCAGCCAGGCAGAAAUUGGAACGUUUGGACCGAAUCGAUCCAAUGAUACACGUGGGAGGGCCGAGCCGGGAAGAGGCCGUGCCGGACGACAGUCCAUGGGCCCUGUUUACGGACGGAUCGGGCGGAACCAGAGGUGUGGCAGGCUGGGGAGUUGGGAUUUACACUUGCAGAGCCCCAACCACACAGGAGGAUUGGGUGGCGGCCUUGUAUGGCCCGGUCAUCACAUUGCCCUGCGACCCGCAGUGGAUGGGAGCGGAGGCACACACGAACAAUACGGGAGAGCUAUCGGCCAUCGGGGAAGCAUGCAAGUGGUUGCUGCAAUGGAAAGCACGAAAGCCGGAAGCUCCGCGUCCUUCCGCAGUCAUCCUCUACGACAGCCAAUACGCCUACGGAGUGGCUACACGCCUGUUCCGCGCCAAGGAAAACCAACUGUUGGCGACGUCUGUGGCCAGCCUUGUGGACGCGGUACGUGCCUCCAUGUCCCUCGAAUUCGAGCAUGUCAAGGGCCACAGUGGCGCGCACGGCAAUGAGGUUGCAGAUAGGCUAGCGGAUCGAGGGGAACGCCGCGGAGUACUCCGCGGGCAGCUCAAGAAAGUGGAGGAACGCUUGGACAACGUGGAGUGGCGACUGGGACGCGUGGAGCUUGCCCAGGAGCAGACGGACCAGUACAGACGCUUGCGGGUGGAACACUCACCGCGCCUGCAAGAGGUGUGGAGGGCCUUCGAGGCCAAAGAGUUUGAGCCGCAUGAGCUGCGUGCAAAGGUUGCAGUGGCAGUGGGCGCAGAUGUCCGCGAGUGCAUGGGUCGUGAAGUGGACGAGGAAGCCUUGCAAGCCAAGAGCCGUGAGCUCAGCCAUGGGAGACAGGCGGUGCCAGUUCGGGACGUUCGGGUGGCCACGAGCGUGGCCUUCGAUUUGGCUCCCCUGCUCGAGUGGGUGUAUAAGGACCGGACAGGCGCCUUCGGCCUCAUCCUCGCACGCGGUGAGCCCAGCAGAGUGUUCACGACGCAGGUCAAAGAUACCUUUAACUGGGCGCUCUUUGUUUUGGCAAAGCUCGAGGGGCAGGGUAUACAAGUAUACGGAGCUCUGCUCUGGCUGGAACAGGAGGCGCCAGGAAGCCCGGCGCCGGUGCAGCCUUGGCAAGUCGACUGGUGUUGGAGGUGCGGCAAAGUCUUCAGCGGGCCCAGCCACGCCAGACAGCUCGCCGGACACGAAGGAGACCGCUUCGGGCACGGUGCUCCUCCUUGCUUGGGUGAAGGCUCCCCUUUGGGCAGUGGUCCUGCUUGCAGGAGACCGCCCGGCUUCGUGCCCCCGCCGGGGCGCUGGCUCCCUUCGGGGCUGUGGUCCUGCUCGCAGGAGCGCGUCUCCAAAUUGGAGGAAAAGGUGUCGGACCUCGAGAGUACUUCCAGGAUCCGGGGCACAGGUUUGGUGGCGCUGGCCGCAGCUGCCGAGGACAUCGCGAAGUCCGAGGCGAAGGAAUUCUGGAAGCUCAAAUCCGCCUUGCCCGACCUCCUGUGGAGGGACCUCGAGGAACCGUUGCGACGCGGGAUCUCCGACAGCAGUAAGGUGACCGCCAUCUUCGCUGAGCUGGUCCAGUGCUUGCGUGCCCACGACGCCCUGGUGGGAGUCUUUCCUGCCGGAGGUGCGUGGGGACGAGAGAGGUCGAUUGAUAUCCGCUUUCGUCCUGGCAUGCCGGGGCUGCGGAUUCAUCAUUUGAUCAAGUCCGAGAUUGCUCCGGUGCUGAAGGCGCUUGACCCCCCGGCAGCGGUUGCCAUUUGGGUGCCGCUGUCGGGGGGGGAGAUGAAGCGGAGGGAGCGGAAACGCGCCCGCGCCGACUCCACGGCCCCGGCGGCGACGGCUAAGAGCCGCGCCGGGAACCCAGGCAAAGGCCAGGGCAAGAAGAGCCGGCGCUGAGGCGCCACGGUGCGGAUCCGUUUUCCCGGCCCGUUUUUACAGACCUUCUGGCCGCCCUUUUUCCUUCUUUGCCUUUUAAGUGAUACCAAGUACUAUCUCGAGCAAACUAAGGUGCGGCCCGUCUUGCCAGGCAGAUGAACUUGAUGGGCGGCUCAUUGAGUCUCAUUCCCGGUGAUCCGACGGUAGGUUGUCUCUUCUUUGCCUCCUUGGCGCUGUUCCUCUUCGCGGUCACUUGCCUCGCACCAACCGGGGGGUCUUCAUAGGCCGUAACCCACCACCUCGACCUCGACCUCGACCUCGACGUGCCCAAUGGCCUGGCCGCAAUUUCCAAAGUUCCUGCCGCUGGGUGGGGUCAGAUCUUGGCU